AUGGAUGCCGAAGAACAAGCAGCCGGUCUUGAAUCUCCCUUGCUUCCAGCUCCUCGAGAACAUGAAUCACAAGCAACUAAGGGAAGACUAUCCAAAGAUGAGAUUAUCAAGGAAGUGAAGAAGCAGCUGUCUUUAGCAGGGCCACUUGUGUCAUCAAAUUUCUUGCUUUUUGGUAUGCAGGUGAUUUCAGUCAUGUAUGUUGGCCAUCUUGGAGAGCUGGCACUUGCAGGUGCUUCCAUGGCCACUUCAUUUGCUUCAGUCACUGGUUUGAGCUUGAUUAUAGGAAUGAGCAGUGCAUUAGACACCUUCUGUGGCCAGUCCUAUGGAGCAAAACAGUAUCAUAUGCUUGGCAUACACUUACAGAGAGCAAUGCUUGUUCUUCUGCUGGUCUGCAUUCCUAUUUCAAUUAUAUGGUUCAAUGCUGGUCAUAUUCUUGAGUUCUUGGGUCAAGAUCCAGAAAUAGCAGCUGCUGCUGGAAGUUACGCUCGUUUCCUGAUACCAUGCCUCUUUGCUUAUGCCGUCAACCAAUGCCACUCCAAAUUUUUGCAAAGUCAAAACAAUGUGGUUCCCAUGAUUGUUAGCACAGGCACUGCAACAAUGUUGCACUUGAUUGUCUGUUGGGUUUUGGUAUACAAGACUAGCCUUGGAUAUAGAGGUGCUGCAGUGGCAAACUCCAUCUCGUAUUGGAUCAAUGCAUUGGCAUUGGUUAUUUAUGUCAGAGUCUCUCCCUAUUGCAAGCACACAUGGACUGGGUUCUCAAAGGAUGCCUUCCAUGGAAUUCUCAAUUUUCUCAAACUCUCUGUUCCUUCAGCUGUAAUGAUCAGCUUAGAAAUCUGGUCAUUCGAAUUGAUGGUCCUCAUAUCUGGUUUUCUUCCUAAUCCAAAGCUUGAAACCUCAGUCCUGUCAAUCAGUCUUAACACAUGCUCAAUGAUUUACAUGAUUCCCAUGGCAUUCAGUGGUACAGCAAGCACAAGGGUCUCCAAUCAAUUGGGUGCUGGGCAACCGCGACUCGCAGUUCUAGCAGUACGUGUUGCACUGUCCAUUGUGAUUCUUGAGGGCAUUUUGAUUGGCACUGUCCUCAUUUUGGGUCGAAAAGUUUGGGGCAACUGUUACAGCAGUGAAAUGGAAGUUGUGAAUUAUGUUGGAGAAAUGUUGAUUUUGGUUGCAAUAUCCCACUUUUUUGAUGGACUUCAGUCUGUGCUUUCAGGUGUCAUAAGAGGAAGUGGACAACAAAAGAUUGGGGCAUAUGUUAAUCUGGGAGCUUACUAUCUUAUGGGCAUCCCAACUGCAGUUUUAUUAGCUUUUGUCCUGCACCUUGGAGGGAAGGGUCUUUGGACCGGAAUUAUUGUGGCUCUUGUUGUCCAGGCACUAUUUCUUGCAAUCAUAAUCACAUGCACAGAUUGGGAGAAAGAAGUGAAGAAAGCCUCCGAUAGGGUGUACAACACGACGACCGUGGCCGAUGCAUUGUAG